GCUUCCGUUAUAAACAAACGUGGAAGAUACGAUUUAAUGCCGAAGAGUCUAAAAUGUCUGUAACUCUUCAUACCGAUGUUGGAGAUAUAAAGAUCGAGGUUUUCUGUGAGCAAUGUCCAGCAGCGAGUGAGAACUUCUUGGCUUUGUGUGCGAGUAACUAUUACAAAGGCAAUAUAUUCCACCGAAACAUCAAAGGCUUCAUGGUUCAAACAGGAGACCCCACAGGGACAGGAAAAGGUGGCACCAGUAUAUGGGACAGAAAAUUUGAGGACGAGUUUCGGGACAACCUCAAGCAUUCUGUGCGGGGUGUUGUUUCCAUGGCGAACAAUGGUCCCGACUCCAACGGAUCACAGUUUUUCAUCACCUACGCUAAACAGCCUCACCUGGAUGCCAAAUACACCAUCUUUGGGAAAGUCAUUGAUGGGUUUGAUACACUGGACGAGCUGGAGAAGCUGCCAGUGAAAGAGAAAAACUUCCGCCCUUUAUCUGACACACGAAUACAAGACAUUACAAUACAUGCCAAUCCUUUGGCAGGCUGAUAUCAGAUGUUAGAAGAAGAACCAGAGCUCCAAAGGCAGUAGUACGACCGUCAGGGCUUCCUGUUCAUCCAGUAUAUAACAUCAUGUGUUAUAGGAUAAAACUCUCUCAGGUGUCUGAGGUUUCAUAGCAACAACAAUGUACAUUGAUACAGUGAAUAUACUGGGUAUACAGAACAAGUUAUAAACUGGUUAUGAUAUGUUGUGAUUCAGCACAUGCAUUUCUUGAUUGCUAGACGUCAAUAUAACUGGAUCAAUGAUCGAUGAGUGCACAGUGUAUAUACAUGGCAGGGACAACUUUUGGCUGGAAGAAUAGUAUGUGCAGCAUGUAAGAUAUCAAUACAAGAUGUUUUAUCCAGAUGUCUUGUCUGAAGUAUUUGUUUGUGUAGUAUGUGCAGUAUGUUUGAGAUCAUCAAUACAUGACUUUUGAUCCAGAUGUCAUGUGGCUGGAAGAAUUAAGGAAGCAUGUGAUUUGCAGUUUGUAAGAGAUUAUCAUAAAAUGAAUUUAGAGCUAGCUAUAGGUAGUGAGAAUGUAUUACAUGUCCAUCUGUUAAUGACAAUGUUUAAUGAAAUGUUGAUAUUUUUCAAUUGUGGAUAGAAUAUGCAAUAUUUUCCAUACAGAGUAUCAUGAGUAUAAAAGUAAUGAAACACAUGUCCUAUCAUACAGUAUAUCCUAUUACCCGACGUCAUGUUAUGUCAUUUGUCCUAUAAUGCUACAAAUCAUGUCAUGUCAUUCCAUGUCUUGUUAUGUCAUACUUUAUGUCAUGUCAUAUAUCCUGUUGUGGCAUGUCCUGAUAUGGCAUGCAAUAUGUGUGGUAAUCCAUGUCAUAUGUUCUGUUAUGUCAUGUCAUACCAUUGAUGUCAUGUCAUACUACUGGUGUCAUGUCGUACCGUUGGUGUCAUGUCAUACCAUUGGUUUCACGUCGUACCAUUGAUGUCAUGUCAUACCAUUGAUGUCAUGUCAUACCACUGAUGUCAUGCCAUACCAUUGAUGUCAUGUCAUAUCAUUGAUGUCAUGCCAAACCAUUGAUGUCUUGUCAUACCAUUGGUGUCAUGUCAUACCAUUGAUGUCAUGUCAUACCAUUGAUGUCAUUUCAUACCAUUGGUGUCUUGUCAUACCAUUGGUGUCUUGUCAUACCAUUGGUGUCAUGUCAUACCAUUGAUGUCAUGUCAUACCAUUGAUGUCAUUUCAUACCAUUGGUGUCUUGUCAUACCAUUGAUGUCAUGUCAUACCAUUGGUGUCAUACCAAACCAUUGAUGUCUUGUCAUACCAUUGAUAUCAUGCCAUACCAUUGAUGUCAUGUCAUACCAUUGAUGUCUUGUCAUAACAAUGAUGUCAUGUCAUACAAUUGAUAUCAUGUCAUAUCAAUUAUGUCAUGUCAUACCAUUGGUGUCAUGCCAUACCAUUGAUGUCAUGUCAUAUCAUUGAUGUCAUGCCAAACCAUUGAUGUCUUGUCAUACCAUUGGUGUCAUGUCAUACCAUUGAUGUCAUGUCAUACCAUUGAUGUCAUUUCAUACCAUUGGUGUCUUGUCAUACCAUUGGUGUCUUGUCAUACCAUUGGUGUCAUGUCAUACCAUUGAUGUCAUGUCAUACCAUUGAUGUCAUUUCAUACCAUUGGUGUCUUGUCAUACCAUUGAUGUCAUGUCAUACCAUUGGUGUCAUACCAAACCAUUGAUGUCUUGUCAUACCAUUGAUAUCAUGCCAUACCAUUGAUGUCAUGUCAUACCAUUGAUGUCUUGUCAUAACAAUGAUGUCAUGUCAUACAAUUGAUAUCAUGUCAUAUCAAUUAUGUCAUGUCAUACCAUUGGUGUCGUGUCAUACCAUUGGUGUCUUGUCAUACCAUUGAUGUCAUGUCAUACCAAUGAUGUCAUGUCAUACCAAUGAUGUCAUGUCAUACCAUUGAUGUCAUGUCAUACCAAUGGUGUCAUGUCAUACCAUUGAUGUCGUGUCAUGUGUCAUGCUAUGUCAUUUUUCCUCAUGCAUGCCAUGCUAUGACAUGUCAAUAAAGUGAUAUUGUUUGGUCUGUUGAUUCAUGCAGAUAUGAAUGUUUGUUAACUGGAAAUGUUAUAAUAACAGAACAUAUUUAUUUCAUGCUGAAUAUUAUAAACUUAGGGCUGUUCCAAAACCAUCCAUCUGGGAAGGGUGAGAGGUAUUUUUUUCAGAGACCACACCUAUCUUAUUAUAACGAAUACUAGUAAAAUGCCAUUAAUCCCUUAACCCUUUACCACCACCACCACCUAGCUACAAGUGCCUCCCACCUCUCCAACAUAGAUUAUACUGGAAUAGCCUUGUGUAAAGACAUACAAGAAUACAUAGUAACAAAACUCAGUCAUUACCUGGGAUGAACGAUUUUAUUAAGAAUGAUAAAAAAACAAACAAAGCAGCAUUAACAAAUUGCACCAUGAUAAGCAACCAACAAAUUAAUGAAAUGAUAAAUAACAUGGAGUAUAAUGAAAUUUCUAUUACUACUUCAGACACAAAUGGUGAUAUAUAUUUCAUAGUGUUAAAAGUUUGCCUGAUAAACAAUUUACCCUUUGUUAAUUAUUCUCAUAUAUUCAGAUAGUGUUUUCCACCAAAUAUGCAAAUAUUUGUUGUAUAUCUAUUCUACUGAGUGGCAAGAUGCAUCUUUGCGUCAUAACUAAUUUUGUGUUAUUUUUGAUUUAAAGGUGGAAAGGUGGUUUCUCCCCGAGACUUGUUGCCUUGUGUAAUUUUUCACUUUGCAGACUUAUAAUUUAUCUACCAUAAUCAUGGAGGGAGAUUCUGAACCAAUGUUAUUGGUCACACAUGCAUGUUGUCUUAAUUCUCAAACAAUUCAUGGCUAUUAGUCACCCAAGCACUUUGUUGUUACAUAUUGUCAGCUUGGUAGAAUUUUCCUCUCACUUUCUUGGAUAGAUAAUAAUUGCUGAUGAACUCUCACUUUCUUGGAUAGAUAAUAAUUGCUGAUGAACAGACUACUUCAGCUAGCUAAAGUUCGUCUCUGGCUAUUUUCAUGUUAAGAUACCAACUGACCUUGAGCAACCAAACACUAUUUGGCACUUCGCUUGCCAAGUUAAUAUACAAUAAUAUCAGUAUUUAUAAUUCUAAAUAAUGACAAUCAGUGUGGUAUUAUAUAUACUUAUUAAACAGUUCAAUCACCAUUUUCAAUAUGAUUUUUUUACAGGAUUAUUUUACAGGAUUUAAGCCUGGAGAGGAAAAUAAUCAUGAUUUAUGUCUUUAUUAUGUGGAGUUUAUGAUGGAUUCAUGAAAGAGAGGUAAUGACAUAAUCCAAACUUUGAAAAUUUGACAGUCUAAGCAGUGUGACUCUGACAUGAGAAGUUGAGACUACAAGGCACCCAUCAUAAGUUUAUUGCCCUGAAAUACUAUACAGUUGGAGUAAUGAUAGAACAUGACAAUAUAAAAUGUCAUGUGAACGCUUUGGCCAGUCACAACUGUAUAAUAUUAGAAUCUGUUUUAAAAGCCCACUGUGCAAACUUAUCGUUUAGAUAAUUCUAUACACUAUCUAAACUGUUUUAGUUUUGCUAUUGAUGUCUGAAGUUGUCAGUUAAGUCUGUUGUCAUUGAAGUCAGGCUUCAGAAGUAAGGCACCUAUGAUGUCUGCAGAUGUUGUUAAAGCCAAGUUUUUAUUCUAGCGAGAUGCCACUUAUGUUUUAGUAUAGAAGUUCGAGAUUUGGUCGUCUAUUCAAAUAUCUAAGUUGGUCAACUUUGAUUAUUGUCUACCUUGUUAUAAAUGAUCGAUUAACAUUAACAAAACAAUGCUAUCAGUGAUUUGACCUUAGAACUUACUUGCCCUUGACAUUAACAAAACAAUUAUGCUAUUAGUGAUUGGACCUUAGAACAUUUUGGCCCUCGUAAGUAUCCACUUCGUCAAAGCCAAUGUUGUCGAGUAUCACCUACCUAAAUGUGUAUUACAAGUGUAACAUACAGAAAUGUACCGUAUAUUUAUCCUGCAAUAAUAAUAUGCCCACAUGUUUUAAUGUCUUUUGCAAUACCCACCUUCAUAAAAUGAGGACGGAAAAAGCCCCAUGGGCCAAUGCUUGAUCUCUAAAGUAAGGCCCGGGUUUUACUGCAGGGUAAUGUUGAUAUUUUUAUCAGACUACAAUAGAUGAGGGCUGGAUAAAUAUAUGGUCUGUAUCAUUCAUUUUUUGAAUACAUGGCAAUAUAUACGUUAAUUGGUCAGGGACAACCCAGAAUAACAAUCCUCGUAUUCCAUACAAGUAUCGUAAGGUUCGCUUGAUAUUUUCUGUGGUUGUAAACUAGCUACCUUUUGAUACAAGCAAAUCAUAUCAAUGUAGCAGUAUAUCUGUUGAUAACAAUAGAUAGCAAACAUUAUUAUUAUGUUAAAGAUUAUGCCUGUAUGUAUUUCAUGUCUAAUAAAAGUUUUUGUGAUAAUAUUGACUUGUCAGUGAAAUGAGUACCGUACUUAAUUUAGAAAUAAAUUGUCCAACAUUUGGGCUCAGCUUGAAAACAAACCAACAUGCACACCCUAAAAUUCAACUACUAAUAGCUUCCAUAUACAUAACUAUGAGGUACUCCUAUAACAUAAGAGGCCGCUGGUCGGCUCUUUUUCUAUCGCAUAUUAUUUUGCCGACUCGGCGCUUGUCAAAAGUAUCUCGCCGUGUAAAACCACUAACAUUGUUGGAGUAAACUAUGAGGGUGAGUAACAAUUCCAGUUUUCAAAGAUAUAAUUUUAAAUAAUGAAUUUUGAGACAAUUUUUAUGCUUACUAUCAUAUGGUAACAACUAAUACUGCAAACCAAGGGGGAAAACUCUGGUAAAAAAUCAUGAGCAUUGGUUUGCUGGACACCGGUAUGUAAAUUUAAAAUGUAUAAUCAUAAAUGGUUGGGUGGAAAUAAGGAAUCAAGCACAGUGACAAUGGGCAGACAGACUGCAUCAGCUAACUCUCCUAAGUAGUAUAGAUUUACAGUUUUCUCUGCCUUGCCCAAAUAUAUGAUUAAGUACCGAGUACUUGUAAUUCUAUAUUUCGACAGUACUUACCAGAUAUUUAUUGACAUAAAUGCAAAAAAAAAAAAAAAA